AUGUCAACCGUGAAGUCAAAAUCGAAAAAUAGUGCUUGCCGCGUGUAUUGCUCCCCAAACUUGGUUGUUUCGCCUGAACAGGCUGUGCAGGGCCUCUUGCUGACGACGGUGCUCGCGCAGAACUACCUGACAAUGCCACCAGCCCUAGCCGAUAAAUCUCCAAUCAUUCGACCGGGAGGCGGAAGCAGGGGGGAUGAAGCGGCAACAGCAGCAACAGCAGCAGCAUCAGGGCGAGAUUGGCCUCGCCAAAACGGGCUGCGCCGUCAAGGAUAUCCAUCUCCGCGAGGAAGCCACCAACAACCUCAACCGCAGCUGCAGGCCGAGCAGGAGCGUAUUCCAUAUGCCCCGGUUUCAUCACGGAACCACCGUCACCAGCAGGAGUGGCGGCAAGAGUCUCGAAAACUGGACAUAACAGAAGGGCACCCGGAGCUCUCUUUUGAACCAGAGAUCCCAGAAGAUGGGAGUAACUCAUUGCCGCAGAUCUACCAAUCGCCACAUAACGCCAACUGUCCGGUUGCCCUCCAUGUCUCCAACUCUGCAGUACUGCGAGAAGACCGAGAAAACGCCGAGCCGCCGACUACGAUUGUCGGCGCCUUUUCCGUCUGGGCUAGGCUUCAGGAGGCCCUAAAUAUAUCCUCGCAACUGCGAUGCCCGAGUCCGCCGUGCUGUCUUGGGACCCACCUGCACACGUAUCGGGGAGGUGACCUCGGAGAGGAGAUGUCGCACAUCCAGGGAGCCGUCGUGGUUCGCAGGCCCGACCUGGCAUGGGCCCCCGGAUCGCUGGCGCCUGCCCACGACCUCGACUUCGUCAAGACGUUUCAGUCCUACUUCCCCAUCUCGCAAAACUCGCUGCUCAGGCGAUUUGUUGAGGCCGACGGCUUUAACUUGACAUCCGAGACCAAACACGUGAAGCCGACGUUCAAGACCCUGUUGGGUGUCGAUUCUUUCUUAGGCGGGGUUCGCGAGGGCAACUCUGCCGCAGCAGAACUUCUGACCCCGUACUGUUCGGGAGAGGACCCAAGGCAAGACAUCAGCGAUUGCGUGAGGAUCCCAACGGUAGUCAGCAUGGCUGACGCGUACACCAACAAGAGAGGGGCAGUGUGGAACAAGAAAGACUACAUUAUGCCGCUGAACUGUCAGGGACCAGUCCGCCAUGAGGUUUCUAUCGCUCGCAAAAUAGCCGCGGAAGGUUUGCCAAGGGACCCCGAACGCUACGACAAGGUGUUCGUGAUGGCCCAAGAGUGGAGCCCGAACUACUAUCACUUUACGGCGGAGCAUCUGCCGCGGAUCACCUUGAUGUUGGAUGUCCUUCUCGAUAACCCAGACAUCAUUAUCUCCAUGCAUUUCUACGAGAAGGACAUCAUUCAUGAAAAUAUUUCGGCAGUGCACGAAGUUCAAAUGGAGAUGCUUGAGAUUCUUGGAAUAAGCAGAGAGCGCGUCGUCUUGGUCGAUCAGCAGAUGCACGCAAAUCUAGCGAUUAUACCGACUUCUACCGUUUGUGGCGACCCGGACCCUCAUAUGGUCAACAUGCUUAGGAAUAGAUUCCUGCAGGGUCUUUUUCCGACCACGAACGGCGUUCCUCCAGCGCCACCCCGCCCGACGAUCGUACUCGUUGUGCGAACCACAUUGCGGGGCCUACAGAACAACGAGGAGGUGAAAGAGGCUCUGAAGAUCAGUUUUCCGAGCUUCGACGUGGUGGAGUUCUUCGGUACAGAUCCCGUCGGACACCAGUUCAAGACAUUCGCAACCGCGGCCAUGAUCGUAGCUCCCCACGGGGCCGGGCUUGCCAACAUAAUCGUCGCGCCCCUGCACACUCCGGUGCUGGAAAUAGCCCCCAUAUCGUGCCCGCCCUGCUUCUUGAGGCUCGCCUUGAAGCUUCAUCAUAUCUACGCGAGGCAUCCCGGGGACCACUGGUCACAAGAAUGCAUGUCAUGGUACGAGCCACCCGUCGAUGAAAUCAUCGAACUCGCAAGGGAUCUCCUCGAGGCGAAGCGCCUGGCAGACGAUGCCCUGAUACCCCUGAACUAGCAGAAGCCCAUCAAGGGUACCCGUAACUCUACGAGCCACACGGCCCGGCGUUGUCUUUGUAGGAACCCUUCGCAAAAGAAGCCCAGGGUAGUCAUAAGGGAAGAUUUCUGGAAGACUUCUUGUCGUAGACUGUAACUUCCAACAAGCCGGACGGAACGCCUCAAAUGCUUGCCGUGGUGCUGGGGGCUCACUUCAACCGAUCGGGCGGUUCUUGUUUGCUAGAGUACGAGAUCUAUCCGUAUUCCCUUGGAGACACUUCGCGCUUGUGCAUAGCGAUACGCGACUCCCUGCAAGGCAGGAUCAACAUAGUGUGGUUUUCCAUGUUUGCCUGUGUACAGUAGUUCACCCGUAUCGUUCAUCGACUCGUGUUGUAUGUUUGGACAUAGUGUGUUGUCGUACAGGUGCUUUGAGUUCCUGGAGUAUAAUUGCCCGCGCAAUUCAGCUCACCAAUGAAAACGGCUCAAGAUCCAACAUGUUGUAUCCUGACACCGCACGUACAUGUGGUGUACAUUUUUAUUGGCAUUUCCAAUGCCAAUCUGCGGUUAUCCUCGAUGAACAACGCGAACACACCUUUUUAGUCCUCAGCCCAUGUGUGCAUGUGGAGUUGGCAUGAACUU